GCUGUCAUGGCGAAGGGUCACGGCUUAAAACUCACGCAACGGGACAGGUGAACCGGAGGAGAGGAAAGCAAAUCACCUCAGGAGAUAAGAGUUGGGAGUUUGCUGCCGCGACGACGUUUAAACCAUUGGUGGCCCAGUUUCUGUUACAGUUUGAUAUUUUAUUUUAAAUUCAGUGCGGUUGCUUUGAAAGAAGGGCUGAAGGAAAAGUUCUGUCUGGAGUGGGAGCUGCGAGCCUCAAAUCGUGCCAGCAGCGACAUGUCCGAGUCCAACGUGAAGGUGGCGGUGAGGAUUCGCCCCAUGAACAGGAGAGAGAUUGAUUUGAAGACCAAAUGUGUUGUGGAUGUGGAAGGCAAUCAGACCAUCCUAACUCCAGCUAAUGCAAACCUCAGCAAAGGAGAUGCCAGGAGCCAACCAAAGGUUUUUGCAUACGAUCACUGUUUCUGGUCGAUGGAUGAGUCUGUUAAAGACAAGUAUGCAGGUCAAGAUAUAGUGUUCAAGUGCCUAGGUGAAAGUUUGCUGCACAAUGCCUUUCAAGGAUACAAUGCUUGUAUAUUUGCUUAUGGCCAGACUGGUUCGGGAAAAUCGUACACAAUGAUGGGAUCAAAGGACAAGCCGGGUUUGAUCCCCCGGUUGUGCAGCAAGCUGUUUGAACGUGCAUUGCAAGAGGCAAAUGAAGAGCAGAGCUUCACAGUUGAAGUGUCGUACAUGGAAAUCUACAAUGAGAAAGUUCGGGACUUGCUUGAUCCCAAGGGCAGUCGACACAGCUUGAAGGUGAGAGAACACAAGGUUCUAGGUCCAUACGUGGAUGGCUUGUCUAAGCUGGCUGUGACAAGUUACAAGGAUAUUGAAUCUCUGAUGUCAGAAGGGAACAAGUCCCGAACAGUUGCUGCAACCAAUAUGAAUGAGGAAAGCAGUCGUUCCCAUGCAGUAUUCAACAUUAUUCUGACACACACGCUGUGUGAUCUCCAAUCUGGGACGCUGGGUGAGAAGGUGAGUAAAUUGAGCUUGGUGGACCUGGCUGGCAGUGAGAGAGCUGCAAAAACUGGCGCUGCUGGGGAUCGUCUAAAGGAAGGAAGCAACAUCAACAAAUCCUUGACAACUCUAGGCCUGGUGAUCUCUGCUCUGGCAGAUCAGGCUGCUGGUAAAAACAAGAACAAGUUCGUCCCCUACAGAGAUUCUGUGCUGACCUGGCUACUCAAGGACAGUCUUGGUGGAAAUAGCAAAACGGCAAUGAUAGCGACAGUCAGCCCCUCAGCCGACAAUUACGACGAAACGCUGUCAACGCUGAGGUACGCAGACAGAGCCAAAAACAUUAUUAAUCAUGCUGUGGUGAAUGAAGAUCCUAAUGCCCGGAUCAUCCGGGAGCUGCGCGAGGAAGUAGAUAAACUGCGGGAACAACUCUCCAGAGCAGAGGCAAUGAAAUCUCCAGAGUUGAAGGAUCGUUUGGAAGAGUCUGAAAAGCUAAUUCAAGAAAUGACUGUUACCUGGGAAGACAAACUAAGGAAAACAGAGGCCAUUGCACAAGAGCGUCAAAAGCAGCUUGAGAGUCUUGGCAUUUCUCUUCAGUCCUCAGGAAUCAAAGUAGGGGAUGACAAGUGUUUCUUGGUGAAUCUGAAUGCCGAUCCAGCCUUAAAUGAGCUGCUUGUUUAUUACUUAAAGAAUCACACUCUGAUUGGAUCUGAUGAUUCGCAGGACAUACAGCUGUGUGGAAUGGGAAUACUUCCAGAACAUUGUGUCAUUGAUAUCUCUCCAGAGAGACGAGUCAUUCUCACACCAAAACAAAACACCAGAACAUUUGUAAAUGGCUCCCUUUUAACCUGCCCUACGCAGCUUCAUCACGGUGAUCGAAUCCUCUGGGGUAACAACCACUUCUUCAGAAUAAAUCUGCCAAAACCGAAGCCAUUGCAGGAAGAAGAGGGGCAGGAAAACUCCAUGAAGCAAAGCUCUAGUAGUGAGCAACUGGACGGAGAUGGGGACAGUGCUAGUGAUGGCUCCAGUGAGAAUAAUUACAGCUUUGAGUUUGCACAGAUGGAGGUCACGAUGAAAGCUCUUGGGAACAAUGAUGCGAUGCAGUCAGUGCUGCAGAGGCUGGAGCGGCAACACCAGGAGGAGAAACGCUCUGCGCUGGAACAACAGCGCCUCAUGUAUGAACGGGAGCUGGAACAGUUACGUAGGCGUUUGUCCCCCGAGAAACAUUACCGUAGCAUGGAGCGCCUUUCUUUCAGUUCCCCCAGCACUCAGCAGCGCCUCCGUCAGUGGACUGAGGAAAGGGAGGCAAUGCUGAAUCACAGUCUCAUGAAACUGCAGGAGCAGAUUGCCAAAGCGAAUCUUUAUGUCCGUGAGGCAAAUUACAUCGCUGAAGAGAUGGAGAAGAAGACAGAGUAUCAGGUGACUCUACAGAUUCCAGCAUCCAACCUUGAUGCUAACCGAAAGCGAGACUCUGUUCUCAGUGAGCCAGCGAUUCAGGUACGGCGGAAGGGCAAAGGGAAGCAGAUUUGGUCACUGGAAAAGCUGGAAAACCGACUUAUUGAUAUGCGUGAGCUUUACCAGGAAUGGAAAGAUUGUGAUGAGGACAAUCCCAUGAUGAGAUCCUACUUUAAGCGCGCCGACCCAUUCUUUGAUGAACAGGAGAACCACAGUUUGAUUGGAGUUGCAAAUGUUUUCUUGGAGUUGCUGUUCUACGACGUGAAAUUACAGUAUGCAGUACCCAUCAUCAAUCAGAAGGGGGAGGUUGCAGGACGCUUGCACGUAGAGGUGUUGCGAACAAGUGGUGACUUCAAUGAUCGCAUCGCUGGUGGAGAUGAUACACUGGACGAUGGGAAUGAGAGUGAAUCGCAUGAAAGAGAAUCGACACGAAAAUUCACCUGCAGAAUAAAAAUCCUCCAAGCUACGGGCUUGCCUCGACACCUGUCAAACUUUGUUUUCUGCCAAUACACCUUCUGGGAUGAAACAGAACCAACCAUUGUUGCUCCAGAAGUAGAUCCUUCCUCUUUAACUCCAGCUGGAAAAGACCCAGAGUGCAUGGUUGUCUUUGACCACUGUAAGGAAUUCUCGUUCAGUCUUUCUGAGGACCUGCUGGAAUAUCUCUCUGAAGGAGCUUUGGCAUUCCAAGUCUACGGACAUAAACCGUGUGACCCUCGUAAAACCCCUUCCAUAUGGGACUUGGGAAUUAUACAAGCCAAAACACGAUCACUGCGGGAUAGGUGGAGUGAGGUGAUGCGGAAGAUCGAGCUGUGGAUCCAGAUCUUGGAACUGAAUGAGAAUGGAGACUAUGUUCCUGUGGAGGUAAUCCCCUCCAAGGAUGUUUCCACGGGUGGCAUUUUCCAGCUACGCCAGGGUCAGUCUCGACGGGUGCAAGUGGACGUACGGUCAGUUCAAGACUCCGGCACGUUGCCAUUAAUUGCUGAGGAAGUGUUGUCUAUUGCUGUGGGAUGUGUCAAAAUGAGACCCGCUAGAACUCAGAAAUAUCAAGAUGCCCACUUGGAAGAAGAAGAUGAUAUGGACAGUUACCAGGAGAGAGAUUUGGAGAAGCUCCGUCGGAAGUGGCUGAGUACUUUGACAAAGAGACAGGAAUACCUUGACAAGCAGCUCCAGAAACUCAAUUGUAAACCUAAUAAGUCUGAGGAUGAUGCGGAUCGUGAGGCGCAGUUGCUGGAGCGAAGAUUGACUCUAACAGAAGAGAGGAAUGCAGUCAUGGUCCCAACAGCUGGGAGUGGAAUCCCAGGCUCCCCGGCAAAAUGGAGCCCGGCUACUGGAAUGGAAACACAUGUUCCUGUUAUUUUUCUUGAUUUAAACACAAAUGACUUCAGCUCCCAGGAAGAUCUUGACGGACCGGAACCUGGUGGUCUGGAUGCCAGCCUUGUAGAUGAAGAUGUCGAUGAAAUUUUAGAACUGCAAAUUGCAAAGCAUCAUGAUACAGAGGUGAAAGCAGAGGCUUCGUGGGACUCCAAUGUCCAUGACUGUGCGUCACUGAGCAAAGGAACACCAGCUGAUGAGCGUGUUUUCCUCAUCGUGAAGGCGGCGGUGAAGCUGAGUCAUCCUGCCGACAUGCAGCUGGUGCUGCGUAAGCGCAUCUGUGUGAACGUCUACAGCCGGCAGGGUUUUGCACAAAAUUUCCUGAGAAGAAUGUCCCACAGAAGUACACUGAAUGCAUGUGGAGUGACCUUUGAGAUUGUCUCCAAUAUCCCAGAGGAUGCUCAGGCAUCUGAAGACCGUGAAACCCUGGCACGGAUGGCAGCAGAACUGGAAAAUGCGGAGUCUGCUGAGAAGGAAGCCUACAUUGAGAAAUACCUGCGCAGUGUACUGGCGGUAGAGAACAUUCUUACACUGGACCGCCUACGCCAGGAGGUUGCAGUAAAAGAACAAUUGAAUGCAAAGCGUAAAUUGACCAGAAGAUGCAACAGUUCUCCAAACGUCAACCGGUUAUCUGGGAGCCGUCAUGACCUCAACACAAGAUCGAGCCUUGAACGUAACAAGAGCCGAUGGGAGAGUCACCAGGACAUAUCCAUGGCUGCGCUGCAGACAAACAAGAGGACGCCUCCACAUCGCUCCCCAGUGUCCCGCUAUUCGUUGCCACCCCAGUCACAAGAUGCAGACUCGUUGUCAGUGCUGGCAGCCUCGUACUUGAAUCCAGUGAAGGCCUUUGUACCUCAGAUGCCCAAACUUCUCAAAUCACUUUUCCCUGUACGGGAUGAGGAGAAGAGAAGGUCUGCUUCUCUGCCAAGUCAGCCUGUACCCCAGAUUUUAGUGCAUUCCGCUAGCCUCGAUGUUGAACAGAACAAAGAUGCUCAUGAAGAGAAAGCACCUUGUGUCCCAAUGGUGGCGACGAAACCCGUCCACCCUGCAAACGUUCCACUGAAGAGUGAGCUUGCUGACACACCCACCCAGAAACCCCAUGAAGAACCUCAGAGUCCUUCCAGUGAAGCUUCGAGCGGCUACUUCUCACACAGCGUUUCCACAGCCACCCUCUUCGAGACGAGCAUGUCGGCAAGCAGUGAUGUCAACUCUCUCCUGUCCAGACAAGUAACCUCAGACGUGGACAUCUCCGCCCAGUCGGAAAACCGAGAAGUAUUGCUCUGUGAGGGCUUGGCGCAGUCAGGCACUGAGUUAGAGGCGAGCCCCAGUUUUGCAGGAGGUGCUGUCAAUGGAGUUGAGAAUCUGCAGUAUCACAGUAAUGAAACGAGAGAUGAUGCUCCUCAGACCUCCAUUGAAGUUGGAAGUCAAACCCAACUGCAAAACGCAGACACGGAAGUUGGAAAGGACUGUGGAAGCUUUCACAGUCAAUCACUAAACCCCGAGGAAACAUUGGCAGGAGAAGACGGGGAGUGGUUCUCACCUUCUGAGAUAACUGAACAACUCUCGACAGAAAUGGUCAGCACUCUAAUGCCCGCCAAAAUGUCCGCACCACAUACCAUCCAGACUGACACAUUUACAGAUAUAUCACCCGUGCAGAAGCCGGCAUCAUCGUUAACCGAGUCGAAACCUGAGGUGAAAAAUGUGGAGGCAGAGCCCAAAUAUGUAACUUCCAAUCCCUUCAAAAUUCAAAGGGUGAGGACGUCUGAACUGAAAUCGUUCACUGGCAUUUUGAGUGAUGAAAAUACUUGCCAAGAUUCUGAAGGUCACCUUGAAGUCAGCACGGUGCCAACAGAACUGUGCCCGCCUCAAUCCUUGGACUUUGCUGUGGUGGGGGCGUCGGAGACUGGGAGUGUUUCCGGGACUGUAAGCACAAGGGUUGACGAUUGUGAGUUACCAAGUGACAAACUUGAAGUGGUUUCAGAUUCCGAGGAAGCUGCUGAGACGAUCCCUGAGUGGCUAAAAGACGGGGAAUAUGUCUUAGUCGGUACAAACAAGACUGGUACUGUCAGGUAUAUCGGACCCACGGAAUUUGCUGAUGGAAUUUGGAUUGGAAUUGAGCUGGAUGUUCCGGCAGGAAAGAAUGACGGCUCAGUCGGCGGGAAGCAGUAUUUCCGAUGUAAUCCAGGCUACGGAGUGUUAGUGAGGCCCAGCCGGGUCACCAGAGCCAGUGGCUCAGCCAAGCGCCGCAGCACAGGCCACCGGGUACAACUGGCUGCCGCCUCGGAGAAUCGCAGAAGUGGGAGUUUCUCGAAAUCUAAUCCAAACCUGUCUGCUCUCACCACACUUGCCAAGUCAGAGGGUGGAGCAGGACUUCGAUCGGGGGACAAGCCUCCGAGGAAGAGUGAGCAGAGAAAAUCCUGGUCGUCCGACCAAAAACCAUAGUGAGAAAUGGAAAUGAACUGGUGAAUCCAAUGUCUCGAGCUCAGUGGCGAGAUUUAGGAACCGGACAUCCAGACAUGCUGACUUUGAUCUUGACCCAGUGCCUUUUCUGAGUGACCUUUCCGAUGACCCAAAUGUUACUCCGUCCUUGAUUUUAAAUUUAUUUUUCCUUUCUGUGUCUGGGGUUUCUCUUCCACUGGUAAAACAAAUCUGAACUUUUCAACCUGAGGGAUAGAUCUGUUUUGAGUUCAGAGGUGAACUAGCUAACUUUUCUUUCUGUUUGGAAAAUGUAGUGAGAGAGAAGAACAAAUCUGGACCAAGUAUUUAAUUGUUACUGGUGGAACCCAUGGCCAGUCCAAUGCCUUGUUAAAGUACAAUCAGUUCUUUGAGUAAUUCUGGAUUGAAAAUUAGGCGCCAGGUUGUGUCUAGUUUUGUAUAUCAUGUGUGGCCUGAUCAAUCAACCUUUUUAAUUUCCCAUUAAACUUCAAUGGAAUGGGACUGUAUAUUUACAUGUUACUGUCUUUUAAAAUGUAAAUUAGGAUUAGGAAAGAAUACCAGAUACACCACUAGAAGUAGUUCAUCCCAAUUCCGAAGAGUGCAGAGAUUGUAGAGGAUCAGUUCAUGAUGGGUUAUGCAUUGAUCCAUUUCCCAAAAUGCUGGGAAUUGUAGUUUAUAAAAUCCCCUCCCUACCUUGUAAUAUGCUCAUUACCUCAGAGAAAUGGAAAAUGAGCCAUUGCGAUGUGACCUAAUACAGAUCAAUGCAUCUGUGAUUUCCAAAAGCUCCUGCUUCUGUGAAACUCUGCUAAAUUGGAGCAUUUGCUUUGAAUGCAUGGGUUGAAUCUAUUAUGAAUGAAUGGUUUAGAACUUGAAAAAUAUAAUGUUGAGCAAUCGUACAAAAAGUGUUAGCGGGGACAUUAGAAUUCCUAUUUCUGAACCUGGUCAGUAGAGAUUUACUCAAGUAGGGCUUAAAGGUGAUGCAAUAAUAUGAGAAUUUACAUCUUGAGGCCAUUUUCAAUCUGUUGUAUGGAACUCCAAGUAAUUUUUAAACAUCAGAAAAAUUUUAAUAAAGGUAAUGAUUUUCAUGAUUUAAAAAUUUGAGCAAUAUGCACAUCCGGUGUGAGGCUUUUAGAUUAAUAUUUUGAAUGUUAUGUUGUUUUCACCUUGAACAUUUGGUCCAUUACUCUUGGGUGAAGAAUCUUGUUUUGUGUCGAUUGUGCUUUGUGGAGGAACUCAGCAGGUCAGGCAGCAUCUAUAGAGGGGAAUAAACAGCUGAUGUUUCAGGUCACAGCCCAGAAAAUCAACAGUUUAUUCCCCUCCAUUGAUACUACCUGCCCUGCUGAGUUCCUCCAGCAUUUUUAGUGUGAUGUUUUGUAUUGAUGUCUGGCAAUGUCAGCAGUCUCUGGGGAUAUUUUACAAACGUCCUGUGAUAUCUGUAUAGGCCUCCAAUUCACAAUCUGGUUCUGUUUUUAAUUAAAAUAUAGUUUUAAGAGUUUUCUGUAUUGAUAGGGAAAGAUCGGGCAAAAUGAUUUGCUCUUAAAAUUAUCCUGCCUAUAGUCCAGGUCUCAUUGGACUACACUGGUUUAAUUAUUACUGUGUAAUGUAUGGGCUGCCAUUUGUUGAAGUCCAUCUCCAGAGACACCAUUAGCCAGAAUUAAUGCAUGUGAUACCCAAAAGAUUACUUGUUGGAAUAAAUUCCUCCUGAAGAUAUAAUUAAAUGAAGUGUUAUUCAGUGCUGAAAGACACAUCAUUAGAAAGUUUAGUCCUUCACUGGUACAUUGGUUAGUACAGCUGAGUCAGUUUGCUCAUCACAUAUGUGGCUAAUACUAAUGACAUUAGAUGGCUUCAGUCAGGGAGAAAAGUUUCAGUGAAUGUGUCCUGCUGGUUAGUUAGUUAGUGGAUGUAGUUUGUGCAUCAAAUGUAGUUUGUGCAUCAAAUGUGCAUCAAAUGUCCUGCAUUAUUCAGGCUCAUGUUUAACCCUUCUGAUUGUAUGAUGUCUGUGAGGAAAGUGUGUGUAAGAGAGAAGAAUAAAGAGAAUUAACAUUCACAGCAGAAAGCAUCAGAUGGAACAGAACAGAUUAACCAAAACCACACACACACGUUCUGUAGUCACUGAAUGUUAAUUGAAAGAUAUGCUACAUCUCCCAAGUGGUGUUUGGCACUAAAAUGGUCAUGCAUUGUUCUGCAGUGCCAGCUGAGAAGUGCACACACUUGGCUGCUGUUUCUCAAAAAUAAAGUGUAAAUGACUGAUGAUGUCAGAGUGUCACAUGUGCUUGCUUAGAUUAAGAUGUUUGCAACUGCUGAAAUGCUUUGUUCUAGCUGUAUGAAUCCAAAGAUCUGGCUUUCACCUGAAUAGAACAGUUCAGCACACAGUAGAUCGAGAAACUUUGGCCCACGAUGUUGUGCUGACCGACUUUAGGAUCUAUCUAACCCUUGCCUCCCAUUUUCUACUUGUUGGAAAUGCUGCUACUUCUCCAAUGUUCCUCCUUCUGGCCAGGCUAAAUUGUUAUGUGUGCUGUUGUUCAGUGGUGUCUGCUAUGUGUUUCAAGUGAAUCAUGCUGGAGUGAAGUUCCACACACAACUGCUCAACACCAUACAUAAAGGACUUUCUGGGGUUGGCCUGUAGGUCGCCGUAGUGGUGCACAAUUGAUAUGAUAAAUCAAGUUUGCUGACAAUACAUCUGUCCACAAGUAUCAGAUAUUGAUGGUAAAACCAUAGUGUUAGAGACUGUCCACUCUUUUGUAUGAAUUAUUAUUAGGUGUGCUUUCAUGCCGUUAGAUUUUUUGCUGACAGUAGGCCAAUUCAGUUUUUAUUGCUAAAACAAGCAUUGAAUACGCACAGAAGGCAAAACACCAGCAUUCUGGAUUGAGCUGCCUUUUUGCAAGUAUUGGUAACUCUUUAAUCUUUGCCAUCAAGUUUUGUUCUGUGCUUAUAUUAAAAGCUUUCACCUAAAUCGUUGCCAAUAAAAUAAUGAACUUAAUUGGCUCUUGGAAUACUCCUGUAAGUUUCUUUUCUUUGAGGGAUUUUGGAACAGUGACCAAGAUCUUGUCCUUGUAGCUGACCCAAAACAUGGUCAGUGUCUUUCUAGUUCAAUAUGCCCAUACAUUAAAGCCUUUUGCUACAUUUACUUGAACACAUCUUCAUCUACUCUGCUUUGGAAGGCACUAUUAUUUUAAGACCAGUAGAAAUGUGUGCAAUUCUGAACCAACUACAACGCAACAGAUGAUCCAACAUUUGGAAUUACCCAGAGAGAAACAAGUUGAGAAGCAGGAGUUCAGUAUGCAGCUGAUUUAAGGCUGUGGGCUCCUUGGUGUACAACAGGAAGACAAUUCUGGCAGCCUACACACGAGAAGAGUAGCAUAUAAAUAAGCAGAAUUAGUAAACAAGUCAAUAUUUUUGUUUUGAGCUGGCUAUAUAAAUGUAUUGGGUCCAAACAUUGUGUCUUAUUCCAUUCCCUAAAACUUGAGGCCCAUGAUGCCAUAAACAAAUUGUGCUACUCUGCAACUCCAUUGUAGCCUGUCAGUCAGACUUGAUUAAAAUAGCUGUUUAUUCGUGUUUGCAGCUCAGUAGAGCAAUAGCAUAGAGAUCUUAAUGUGUUCAUUUUAAAAAGAAAAAUGACUUUUACUACUGAUAUCGAAGGGGUUUGGUGUAUGACUAAAGUAAAUCUUUCAUAUUCUAAGGCUCUCAACAUUAGUGUCGAGUUUGACAAAGGAAUUAAUUUAACACUAAUUGCAGUUUGAAGUAAUUACGGAGUUCUGUACUACUUGUUAAUCUGUAUAUCUGCUGGGAUUGUAUAUAGAAAGCACAACCUGAAAAUCUGAAUGUAUGUAAUAAUUUGGGUAUUUAAGGGCUCAAUUAAAUUGGUGCUUUGCCUUAUUGCCUGUCAAAAUUUCUAUUGUACACUUAAUAUUCUGUAAAAUAACAAUUCUGGCUGAAAAAUAAUAAAAGUAUAAAUAAAU